AGCUAAAUAAAACGAAACCCAAGCGCUGCCAGCCCUACCCUUCUCCGAAGCCCCGCCCCAGCCAGGGGCUGGGAGAGAGGGUUUCCAUGGUGACGACAAACAAGGCCAGGUUUAGAGGGGCAGCUACGGAGCUGUCGCCCCCACGGCGCCAUGAUUCCCCCUACCGACUCUCUGCUCAAGUAUGACAGGCCGGUGUUAGUGAGCCGGAACACGGAGAAACGGAGCCCCAAGGCUCGGCCACUGAAAGUCAGCCCCCAGCAGCCUGGCCCCUCCAGUACAGUCCCACAGCCUCCCAAAGCCAAGCUCCCCUCAACUUCCUGUGUUCCAGACCCUACAAAGCAGGCAGAAGAAAUCUUGAAUGCCAUCCUGCCCCCAAGGGAGUGGGUAGAAGACACACAGCUAUGGAUCCAGCAGGUGUCCAGCACCCCCAGCACGAGAAUGGACGUGGUGCACCUCCAGGAGCAGCUGGACCUGAAGCUGCAGCAGCGGCAGGCCAGGGAGACGGGCAUCUGCCCUGUGCGCAGGGAGCUCUACUCACAGUGUUUUGAUGAGCUGAUCCGGGAGGUCACCAUCAACUGUGCAGAGAGGGGGCUGCUGCUGCUGCGUGUCCGGGAUGAGAUCCGUAUGACCAUCGCUGCCUACCAGACUUUGUACGAGAGCAGUGUGGCAUUUGGCAUGAGGAAGGCCCUGCAGGCUGAACAGGGCAAGUCAGACAUGGAGAGAAAAAUUGCAGAUUUGGAGACAGAAAAGAAAGAUUUAGAGAGGCAAGUGAAUGAGCAGAAGGCAAAAUGUGAGGCCACUGAAAAGAGGGAGACCGAGAGGCGACAGGUGGAGGAGAAGAAGCACAAUGAGGAGAUUCAGUUCCUAAAACGGACAAAUCAGCAGUUGAAGGCCCAACUGGAAGGCAUUAUCGCACCAAAGAAGUGAUAAUUUCCAUAUGGGUCUCAAUGAGUACUACCCGUAAGCCCUUUGUAAUAAAAAGCUCGUUUCCUGAAUGAA